AUCACCUUCCCGAUGGCCACUGGAAUUCGAGAGAAAACAGCAAGAGAUCAUUGACCUUUGGCAUGCAUGCUAUGCUUCACUGGUUCAUAGAACCUACUUUUUCUUGUUGUUUAAAGGAGAUCCAGCCGACUCCAUUUACAUGGAAGUGGAGAUAAGGAGGCUAUCUUUUCUUAAAGACACCUAUGCCAAUGGUGGUAUGGAAAGCAAGGUCGUAGCUGGUAGCCUGAACACUUCUCUGGUUUCGAGUGCAAGGAAGUUGCAACGCGAGAGGGAGAUGCUCUGCAGGCAAAUGCAAAAGCGGCUGUCGAUCGAGGAAAGAGAGAGCAUGUACACCAAGUGGGGAGUUUCGCUGUCCUCCAAGAGGAGAAGGCUUCAGGUGGCUCGUCGCCUUUGGACCGAAACCAAAAACCUCGAGCAUGUGAGGGAGAGCGCUUCCCUUGUCGCCCGAUUGAUCGGCCUCCUGGAGCCAGGAAAGGCGCUGAGAGGGAUGUUUGGGCUAAGCUUUGCGCCGCAGCAGUUCAGCCGACGAUCCCACAAUAGCUGGAGAUAUGGCCGUUCUUCCCUGGACUGAUUAUGAGAUGCAAAUGAACA